AUGGCGGAGCAGAGUAACCGCUGGAGCUGGAAUAUCACCGGCUUCGAGCCGUGGAAGUCACCGUCGCCGGAGCAAAACGAUAAGAAACCGUCUGCACCGUUUGCGAGGAGAGACUCCACCUCCUCGGUUCCUUCGCACUCCGUGGCUUCCAAAGUUGAGGAAUUAAGAGACAAGGUUAAGGUAAUGCGUUUUCUUUUCCACGUGUAUCGCGUUCUUCUUCUUUCGAAUUCAGUAACUGCAAAUGAAAUUACGAUGUUGAACUUUUUCGGCGAGAGUUCCAGUGGUUUCUGCUUCCGCAUCGGUGGUGUGUUGCUUGAAUACUACAUCAAGCAGGUUCAGUCAUCAUUAGUUAAGGUUCCAGAUUUGCAGAUUCCAGGUGGGAUGUUGCGACUUUGUCCUGAUUUUGAUGCUUGGUGUUUUGCACAGCUUGCUAGAAAUGACUACGUGCAGUUAAGACAAGAAGCAAGUGAACUUCAAGAAUAUUCAAAUGCAAAACUUGAUCGUGUAACAAGAUAUCUUGGUGUUCUUGCAGAGAAAGCCCACAAGUUAGAUCAAGCUACCCUUGAAGCUGAGGCAAGAAUAUCUUCUGUGAUCAAUGAGAAAAAGAAAUUGUUCAAUGACUUAUUGACAUCUAAAGGUAACAUAAGGGUAUUCUGCCGUACUAGGCCAUUAUUUGAAGAUGAAGGUCCCUCAGUUGUUGAAUUUCCAGAUGAUUAUACCAUACGUGUAAAUACUGGAGAUGAAUCCUUGUCUAACUCAAAGAAAGAAUUUGAAUUUGAUAGAGUUUAUGGACCUCAUGUUGGACAGGCUGAGUUGUUCAGUGAUGUUCAACCAAUGGUGCAAUCAGCUUUGGAUGGAUAUAAUAUUUCCUUAUUUGCAUAUGGACAAACACAUUCUGGAAAGACACACACUAUGGUUGAAGGAUCAAGCUAUGACAGGGGUUUAUAUGCUCGUUGUUUUGAGGAGUUGUUUGAUUUGUCCAACUUGGAUACAACUGCUACUUCUCAAUAUACAUUCUGCAUUACUGUUUGUGAGCUCUACAAUGAACAGAUAAGGGAUCUGAUCUUGGAGUCAGGGAAAAGUUUGCCUAAACUGUGUUUUGGUUCACCUGAAUAUCUCAUGGAACUAAUGCAGGAAAAAGUUGAUAACCCUCUGGAAUUUUCUAGGGUUUUGAAAGCUGCAUUCCAGAGUCGAGGAAAUAAUCCAUUAAAGAUUAAUAUUUCUAUUGAUAGCAUACUUUCUCUGAUGGAGCUGGUGAUGUCAAUGCACAGAUCUGACAAGCUCUCUCUGGUUGAUUUGGCUGGAAGUGAAGGUUUGAUAACAGAAGAUGAUAGUGGUGAGCGUGUCACGGAUAUGCUUCAUGUUAUGAAGUCACUUUCAGCGUUGGGAGAUGUAUUGUCUUCUUUGACAUCUAAAAAGGAUGUUGUUCCUUAUGAAAACUCGGUGCUAACAAAGCUAUUUGCAGAUUCUCUUGGUGGGAGUUCAAAAACUCUGAUGAUUGUAAAUGUGUGUCCAAAUUCUUCAAAUUUGUCUGAGACAUUACUGUCUCUCAAUUUCUCUGCCAGAGCUCGAAAUUCUGUCUUAAGCCUUGGAAAUCGGGAUACAAUUAAGAAGUGGAGAGAUGUUGCAAACGAUGCACGGAAAGAGUUAUAUGAGAAGGAAAAAGAAAUCCAAGUUCUCAAACAAGACUGUGUGAGACUUAAGCAAGCACUGAAAGAUGCUAAUGAUCAGUGUGUUCUACUCUUCAAUGAAGUACAGAAGGCAUGGAAUGUUUCUUCUGCAUUGCAGACAGAUUUAAAGUCAGAGCAUAUUUUGCUGGCCGAUAAUUAUAAGGCAGAGAAAGAAGAAAAUUCUCAGCUUAGAAAUCAAGUUGCUCAUAUAUUACAGUUAGAACAAGAGCAAAAUUUGCAGAUUCAACAGCGUGAUUCAACCAUUCAAAGUUUGCAGGUUCCAGAAAUAGUCAGAUUACUUUUCCACUUCGCACCUACUGUGGUUGCCACGCCACGUGCAAGUGCUAUCUGUCAUAUUGCUGGCAGUAGCACUACAACUACGACUGUGCUAUCCACCUAUCUUCUGUGUAGCCUGUGGCAUGGCAUUGCAGAUCAUUGCGCUAAAAUUGGAAGCCUUGAAAUACAACUCAAUGAAGCCCUUAAAUCCAGCAACACUAGGUUAAAUGUUGGCUCAGAAACUGUUUCUGGAGCUCAAUCUAAGUCCAGGACAACAGGGGAUGGCAUGGAUUCAUCUGCAGUUACCAAUAAACUAGAAGAGGAACUCAAGAAACGUGAUGCUCUGAUUGAGAGGUUGCAUGUAGAAAAUGAGAAAUUAUUUGAUAAGUUGACUGAGAAAGCAUCUCUGGCUGGAUCACCUAAGCAGUCAAGUCCAUUAACUAGGGGAUCAGUUAAUGUUGAGCCUCGAAAUAUGGGAAGCACCACUGCAAGAGAUCGUUCUAUGGAUGUUCUUCCUUCAUCUUUGGUGAUAGAUAAGCAUGAUGGCACGGUUGCUUUAUUUAAAUCUGGUUCUGAGAAAGUGAAAACUACCCCUGCCGGUGAAUAUCUUACUGCAGCCCUGAAUGACUUUAAUCCUGAUCUGUAUGAAGGACUUGCUGCCAUUUCUGAUGGUGCAAACAAGCUUCUAAUGCUGGUUCUCGCUGCUGUCAUCAAAGCUGGUGCUUCCAGAGAACAUGAAAUACUUGCUGAAAUUAGGGAUGCUGUUUUCUCAUUUAUUCGAAAAAUGGAACCAAGGCGAGUAAUGGAUACCAUGCUUGUUUCCCGUGUUAGAAUCUUAUAUAUAAGAUCUUUGCUCGCUAGAUCCCCAGAGUUGCAAUCUAUUAAGGUAUUGCCAGUUGAGUGCUUUCUAGAAAAGGCCAACACUGGACCCAGUAGAGGUUCCAGUCGGGCAAGCAGUCCGGGAAGAUCUUCUGUGCAGUAUGUUGAUGAACACAUCCAGGGAUUUAAAGUGAAUAUAAAGCCUGAAAAGAAAUCCAAAUUUUCAUCUGUUGUGUUGAAGAUACGCGGUAUUGAUGAGGAAACCUGGAGACAACAGGUAACUGGGGGAAAACUUAGGGAAAUCAGCGAAGAAGCAAAAAGUUUUGCAAUUGGAAAUAAGGCUAUUGCAGCACUCUUUGUACAUACUCCAGCAGGAGAGCUGCAGCGCCAAAUUAGAUCCUGGCUUGCAGAGAAAUUUGAUUUUCUAUCUCUUAUGGGAAAUGAUGCACCUGGGGGGACAAUUGGUCAGUUGGAGCUUAUCUCAACUGCAAUUAUGGAUGGUUGGAUGGCUGGACUCGGCAGUGCUCUAUCUCCCCAAACUGAUGCUCUUGGCCAACUUUUUUUUGAAUAUUCAAAACGUGUCUAUACUUCUCAACUGCAGCACUUGAAGGAUAUUGCUGGUACCUUGGCAACAGAAGAGGCUGACGAAGCAGCACAAGUGGCCAAGUUGCGUUCAGCUCUAGAAUCUGUUGAUCACAAAAGAAGAAAGAUUUUACAACAAAUGAGAAGUGAUGUUGUUUUACUGACAUUGGAAAAUGGUGGUUCGCCCAUUCAAAAUCCUUCUACUGCUGCUGAGGAUGCAAGAUUAGCAUCUCUCAUUUCACUUGAUAGAAUCCUGAAGCAAGUCAAGGAUAUAACUAGACUUUCUACUGUGAACACCAUCGAGAAAAGUAAGAAAAGAGCAGUGAUUGGUUCUCUUGAUAAACUGACAGAACAAAUGCCUGCGCUUCUUGAAAUUGAUCAUCCAUGUGCUCAGAGGUACAUUGCAGAUGCUCGCAGAAUGGUUGAGUCAAUUCCUGAAGAAGAUGACCGUAUUCAAAAUCUAUCACAUUCUCGCAAGUCAUCUAUUGAUACAGGCUCUGGAUCUGGAACUGAUGUGGCACAGUGGAACGUCCUUCAAUUUAAUACGGGUAAUACCUCCCCAUUUAUAAUAAAAUGUGGAGCAAACUCAAAUUCAGAAUUAAUCAUUAAAGCCGAGGCCAGAGUUCAGGAACCUAAAGGAGGUGAGAUUGUGAGGGUUGCCCCUAGACCGUCCAUUUUGGAAUAUAUGAGCUUGGAGGAAAUGAAGCAAGUAUUUGCUGAACUACCCGAGGCUCUAAGAUUGCUUGCCCUUGCAAGGACUGCGGAUGGAACUCGAGCACGGUAUUCUAGAUUAUAUAGGACCUUGGCUAUGAAGGUUCCAUCACUCAGGGAUCUGGUCAGUGAGCUUGAAAAAGGGGGUGCACUGAAAGAUAAGUUGUUGCGUGCAGGGAAGUCAUGCGAUGAUAAAGUUUCGCAACGUUGUGGAUUCCCUGACGGAGAGAGAAGACGGUAA